GUCAGUGCUGACGGCAGGCUAUAUUUGAAUCCUUUGAGCCAUAAACUGUGAAACUUGAACAAAUAUUUGCUAAUUCAAAAAGGACUGUGGCUGCGGUAUUACAAUCAUACCGUUAAUUUCUCAGCAGGUAACAUGGAGUAUCCUGUGCUGUGUGCUCUCCUGGUUUUUCUCACCACCAGUAAAGAUGUUAGGGGUCAGACGAUAGUUGCGUCUCCCAAUCCUGCAGCUGUGAACAGCAAUGUCACACUGCAGGUGUACCCUGACACAUCCAUCCCAGGAGGGAUGUGGUUUCAUGAAUCAACAUACAUCCUCAUGUGGUACCCCGAAGGUUCCUUGGUUGAUCCUAUAUGGACAAGCCGGAUCACCUUCAACUCAACAUCUUUGGCUCUGUCCAUAAGAUCUGUCCAGGUGGCAGAUUCAGGACUAUAUUUGAUACGAGGGUCCAUGCAACUGAUUGGGACUUUGUCGGUCCAAGAGCCCAUUUCAAACGCCACCCUGAGGGCCGAUGCCACAGACCUGGUGGAGCUAAAUGACACAGCAGUUUUCACUUGCUCUGUCACCACUGGCUCCUCCCUCUCCUACCUCUGGCUUAAUGGCAGCUCUGAGGUCAAUGCCAGUCUGGUUCGGCUGACCAAUGGCGGUUCCACUCUCAGCAUCGCUACGGUAACCCGCUAUGACACGGGGCCGUUCAGGUGCAACGUCUCCAAUGGCAUCAGUCACGACAUGGCCAGACAGUCUAUAAGUCUGAAAAUUAGCUAUGGCCCAAGUGACCCUACCAUAACAACCAACCCCAAGAUGGCCGCCUACAUUGUGGGUUCCAACAUUUCUCUGUCAUGCUCCGCCCAGUCCAACCCCAAUGCAACCUAUCAAUGGAGCUUUGAGGGGCAGUCGUUAAACCAGGGAGGCACACAGCUGCUUUUGGGAAACAGCAAACAGACCCAAACAGGAAAUUACACGUGUUCAGCUCAAAACAGUGUCACUCGGAGGUCAGCCAGUGUGACGACCAUGAUCAGGAUUGUGGAGCCAAUAUCAGCAGUUAUGGUGAACAGCGCCGGCAAACAACCGAUUCAGAACCAGUCGUUUACUCUGAGUUGCAAUGUGUCUGGUCCUGCGGACUACAUCCACUGGAUGAAGAACAACCAGAUGAUCUCUGAUGCCAGCGUGACAGACUUCUCUGUAGUCAACAAAACACUGACCAUCAACUCAGUCCAGCGCUCAGACAAUGGCAACUAUUCAUGUGAGGCCUUCAAUGCAGUGAGCAACAAGACAAGCAAUCCAUACAGUCUGCUGGUGAACUUUGGACCAGAAAUGCCAGUUACCAAUGGUAGGGCCUUAGCCUUGACGGGCCAGAAUGUGACCCUUACCUGCUCAGCCUCCUCUCAGCCCCCCAGCACCUACACCUGGGUGUUCAAUGGCUCCCAGGUGGCUACUGGCUCAGUCUAUGAGUUUGUCCCGCUGACCUCACACAAUAAUGGAGAGUACACCUGUAUGGCCUUCAACAACAUCACAAACAAGAACAGCACAGCCUCUCAGAAGCUCACCGUGAUUGAACCGGUUACCAUGGCCACGGUGAAAGUAUUGGGAGCUCAGCCAAUAGCGAACCAAACGUUUAACCUGACCUGUGAAACAACAGGAAGUGUUUACUCUGUGCACUGGAUGAGGGACCAACUGCCUCUCUACCCCGACAGCAUAAGGGUCUUCUCCAUGGACAACAGCACUCUCACAUUCAGCCCCGUCCUUCUCUCUGACAAUGGACACUAUCAGUGUUCUGCGACCAACCCUCUAAGCCAAAUGAACAGCAGCAACUACACGCUCAUGGUCAACUAUGGGCCAGACACUCCUGUCGUUAUGGGCCCAUGGUUGGCCAUGACGGGCCAGAAUGUGACCCUUACCUGCUCGGCCUCCUCUCAGCCCCCCAGCACCUACACCUGGGUGUUCAAUGGCUCCCAGGUAGCCACUGGCUCAGUUUAUGAGUCUGGUCCGCUGACCUCACACAAUAAUGGAGAGUACACCUGUAUGGCCUUCAACAACAUCACAAACAAGAACAGCACAGCCUCUCAGAAGCUCACCGUGAUUGAACCGGUUACCAUGGCCACGGUGAAAGUAUUGGGAGCUCAGCCAAUAGCGAACCAAACGUUUAACCUGACCUGUGAAACAACAGGAAGUGUUUACUCUGUGCACUGGAUGAGGGACCAACUGCCUCUCUACCCCGACAGCAUAAGGGUCUUCUCCAUGGACAACAGCACUCUCACAUUCAGCCCCGUCCUUCUCUCUGACAAUGGACACUAUCAGUGUUCUGCGACCAACCCUCUAAGCCAAAUGAACAGCAGCAACUACACGCUCAUGGUCAACUAUGGGCCAGACACUCCUGUCGUUAUGGGCCCAUGGUUGGCCAUGACGGGCCAGAAUGUGACCCUUACCUGCUCGGCCUCCUCUCAGCCCCCCAGCACCUACACCUGGGUGUUCAAUGGCUCCCAGGUAGCCACUGGCUCAGUUUAUGAGUCUGGUCCGCUGACCUCACACAAUAAUGGAGAGUACACCUGUAUGGCCUUCAACAACAUCACAAACAAGAACAGCACAGCCUCUCAGAAGCUCACUGUCAUCUCACCCAUCACACAAGUGCAGAUCCACACACCCCUGAAGUCACCCAUUGAGGGUCAGUCAUACACCAUGAACUGUAAUGUGACAGGACCAGUCGACCACGUCGACUGGUGGAAGGAUGGCCUGCUCAUGUCUUCCAACAACAGAACUAACUUUGCUGUGGACAACCGAACAGUAAUCAUUAACCCAAUCCAGCAGUCAGAUAUGGGUGACUACAAAUGCCAAGCCAUGAAUGCAGUAAGCAACAUGACCAGCAAUCCAUACAGCCUUGUGGUGAACUAUGGACCAGAGACACCAAUGUUGUUUGGACCAUGGUUAGCCGCGUCAGGUGUGAAUGUGACCCUUACCUGCUCGGCCUCCUCUCAGCCCCCCAGCACCUACACCUGGGUGUUCAAUGGCUCCCAGGUGGCUACUGGCUCAGUCUAUGAGUCUGGCCCGCUGACCUCACACAAUAAUGGAGAGUACACCUGUAUGGCCUUCAACAACAUCACAAACAAGAACAGCACAGCCUCUCAGAUGCUCACUGUCAUCCAUCCAAUAACAUUCUCAACCAUAAGCGACGGAGGAAAACCAGCCAUACUGAACAAGUCCUUCUCAAUGACCUGCAGUGUGGAUGGAGAAGCCCCCUCAAUCCACUGGAUGAAGGACGGCUCGUACCUCCACCCUGAUCACUGGACAGUUUUCUCCAUGGACAACAGGACAGUAACCUUCAACACCGUCCAGCUUUCAAACCAGGCUGUCUACGCCUGCACAGCCAGUAAUGCUGUGAGCAACUACACCAGUCCUGGAUACAUGCUUGUCGUGAACUAUGGACCUGGGAAGCCCAUGAUUCACGGACCAACUGUCAGUGAGUUGGGGGCCAAUGUGACCCUUACCUGCUCGGCUUCCUCUCAGCCCCCCAGCCACUUUACCUGGUGGUUCGAUGGCUCCCAGGUGGCCACUGGCCCAGAGUUUAAAUCUGGCCCCCUGACCUCACACAAUAAUGGAGAGUACACCUGUAUGGCCUUCAACAACAUCACAAACAAGAACAGCACAGCCUCUCAGGGUCUAUCUAUCAUUGCGGGCAUCACAUCAGUAACAGUCAAACCCAACACAACGCCAAUAAACCUCAAACAACUAACAGUUACAUGUGAAGUCAACGGGUCCUACAGCGCCCUCUACUGGAUGAAGAACAGCGUCUCACUUUACGGCUCCACAAACUCAUCUCUCCACAUCCUCAACAACACUCUGCACUUCAAUCCUGUGACGCUCUCUGACAAUGGAACCUAUCAGUGUGUGGCGACCAACCUUGCUGGUAAUCAUACCAGUCCACCAUACCACCUACAGGUCAACUAUGGCCCUCUGGAUAUAUCGAUCAGUGGGCCUGACUCUGCUGUGAUUGGCUCAGGCGUCAAAGUCACUCUGAAGUGCUCGGCCGACUCCUGGCCAACCAGCCAAUAUGAUUGGUUGUUCAACCAGAAGUCAUUGUCGAAGAACAACCCUAUACUGGAUGUAACAGUCCUGACCGAAAAUGCAGGGAAAUACACGUGCAAUGCCAUCAACUCCGUGACCAACAUCACCAUGUCCAAGAUUCACAAAUUAAACAUCACUGGAAAUGCUGUCCUCCCACUCCACUCCAGUGCUGGUUUGAUGCUGAUGGUUCUGGUCGCUCUCUUCGUCCCUGUGGUCAAUGACCUGUGGUCCCACUGAGACCCUCAGUAGAAACAGGGAGAAACAAUUCCAAUACCAAGACCACUUCGUUUGAUAGACCUUCCCCUCCUCCCUCUAUCCACUCUCCUCCCUUAACUUCUCUUCCAAUGAUCUGUAAAAGACUGGAUUGGCAUUUUCAAUAUAGUCAUAACUGAGCCAAAAUCACAAACCAACAAAACAAAAGAUGGUGUAGUUUUGUUCAUAUGGCUUAGACCCAUCCUUUGGGAAUGUUUGUAGGCAAGAGAACAAAAGGCAAGGGAGCAGAGUGUGAGGUGAAAUAGAAAGAAAGAUGUGCAAACUAAAGUGUUCUAUUAUACUCUCUGUGCACAAAUCCUAAAGUGAUGCCAUCACGGGUUAAAGGGGCGUGUCUCGGUGUUUGUUUUAGCUAUAUUCAGCAAAAUACCUUUUAAUGUACGUUUAAUGUACGAUCCAUCAAUAAUUUUGUGUUUACGUCAAAUGAAUCUAGGCUACCGAUCUAAUUAAAAUAUUUUAUUUUCGCCGUUCUAGGCUACUUCUACAAAAUACAUGCAUUAACAGUUAACAAAAACUUUGUGAUUAUGUACAUAUCACGUUUUAAUUCUUGUGAAAGAUAGUUUAUAUUUCCCUUCUGUGAUUUAUUUUCUUAAAUAAAGUUUUGUGUCUCAAAAUUUAUUUAUUUUUACCAGUAGUCUAGGUCAGGGUGCAAUAUUGGUUACAUUCCCCGUGAUCAAACUGUGAAAAGAUUUUUUUUCCUUAGCAUAUGCUGCCCCUCAGGACAAACCAAAGACAUCUGAAUCGCAAAGAUGAUUUAUUUUCUAUAAGUUUAUUACAAACAAGUACGUAUUUAUGCAAGUAUGUGGUAAUACACCUCUUAGCAUUAAUAUGGAAUAUAUGCUGUAUAUUUGCAAAUGGGACAUGCUCCUUUUGAAUGGAAUAUAUGAUACAAAAAUGUUAUGGAGGCAUGGUUUAUGAAAGUGAAUUUCCUUAAAUGGGUGUGGUG